AUGACCGACUCGUGCUGCUGCUCCCCUUGCUGCCAGCCUACGUGCUGCAGGACCACCUGCUGCCAGCCCAGCUGCUGCGGGUGCGGCGGCGGCUGUGGACAAGGCGGCAGCGGGUCCAGCUGCUGCGGGUCCAGCUGCUGCCAGCCUUGCUGCUGCCCCCCAACUUGCUGUCAGACCACCUGCUGCCGGACCACCUGCUGCCGGCCCAGCUGCUGCGGGUGCGGGGGCGGCUGUGGACAAGGCGGCAGCGGGUCCAGCUGCUGCGGGUCCAGCUGCUGCCAGCCUUGCUGCUGCCGCCCCACUUGCUGUCAGACCACCUGCUGCAGGACCACCUGCUGCCGGCCCAGCUGCUGUGUCUCCAGCUGCUGUCAACCCAGCUGCUGUGGGUCCAGUGGCUGUGGACAAACUUGCUGUGGGUCCAGCUGCUGUCAGCCAGCCUGCUGUACCCCCGUGUACUGCAGGAGAACCUGCUACUUCCCCACCUGCUGCUGCUUGCCUGGAUGCCUAGCCCAGGGCUGUGGAUCCAGCUGCUGCUAG